GUUUAGCUCUAGCUAGCUUUAUGAUUUUUAAUAGUUUUUUCGUGAUAUCCGGAGGUCUGUAUGAUCUGUUUCAUAGAAAGUAGAACACAUUUCUACAUCAGGAAAUAUAAACUUUAGAAAAUUCAGAGUUUCCCACAGUAAGAGAAACAAAGUUCUCCAAUUCAGCAGAGCUAAAUUGAGCUACAGACUGUGAAUGAGUAUGUGGAUUAAACAUGUGAUUCAUACAUCUCCAGCAAUAAAGUCAGAGCUUUAAGUUCAUCCUUGUUUCCUCAGACUGUUUGAAUUCAUUGUGUCAGAGAAACUUUAGACUAUUCAGCAGAGCUCAUGUGGAGCUGAGAUCUGCAUCAACAAGAAUGUUACAUGUAUGAAGUUAACAUGUUAAACUACGACAGUCACAGAAAUCAUGUGUGAACAUCAUGUGAUCCUGAAGUGUCUGCAUGACCAUAAAAGAGCUUUUAAUAUAGUUUCAUACCGAGGUCGGAGUUUGCAGAGAGCUGACUGCAUCUGACUGCAUUCCUAAUGUUCUGCAGACUGAUUGAAGUCCACAAGAAGAUGAUGAUGGAGGAAGAGGAGGACAGAGCAGAGUCUGCAGGAGCCAGCUGUCCGUCUGUGAGGAGUGACCGGUCCAAAGAUCAACAGCCAGCCUUCAGUGGUGAACCUGGACCAACGAGAUUGAUGGAAUGUGAUUUGUCAGAGAUCAGCUGUGAUUCCCUGGCAGCAGCUCUGAAGUCCAACCCCUCCCAUCUGAGAGAGCUGGACCUGAGCGUGAACAAGCUGGAGGAUUCAGGAGUGAAGCAGCUGUGUGGUUUUCUGGAGAGUCCAGAAUGUGGACUUAAAACUCUGAGCUUGUGGAGCUGUGGUUUGUCAGAGAUCAGCUGUGAUUAUCUGGCAGCAGCGCUCAAGUCCAACCCCUCCCAUCUGAGAGAGCUGGAUCUGAGCUACAACAACCUGCAGGAUUCAGGAGUGAAGCAUCUGUGUGGUUUUCUGGAGAGUCCAGGAUGUGGACUUGAAACUCUGAGAUUGAAGGACUGUGGUUUCUCAGAGACGAGUUGUAAUUAUCUGGCUGCAGCGCUGAAGUCCAACCCCUCCCAUCUAAGAGAGCUGGACCUGAGUGACAACGACAAGCUGGAGGAUUCAGGAGUGAAGCAGCUGUGUGGUUUUCUGGAGAGUCCAGCAUGUGGACUUGAAACUCUGAAGUCAGUCACCGUGUUUUAG